AUCGAUCAUUGCAUCCCAACCACCUGGAGGCUUGACAUCGGUUUGCCUAUCAUCACACGGUUCUCAAUACAUGGCAUUUUCGAGGAUGUCGGGUACACUUUAUGUCCUAUACAAUGCCGACGCAUCCAUCAUUGGCAAGCUGCGAUAUGGAUAUCGUAAGAUUUGCCAUUCUACUGAGGAGAAUCCAGCAUGUGCAGCCUGCGAUAUCACACAUGGCGGAUUGUCACUGAAGGAGACACCAACUUGGCUUGAAGCAAAGAAGGUGAUCGAAGCCGACUCUGGCUAUAAGAUUGUCCAGUGGCACCGGGAUGAGCUGUCUGAUGAAGUACGUGUCUGUUAUUGAAAGAUGCAACGCUCUUGAGUUUGUACACUAAAUAUGCGUAGAUAAAGGAUUUCGUUGAAUCCAAUACCAUCCGCUACCCGACCAUUAUAUCGAAAGGAGCCAGCGGUAACCUUACGGAGGUG